AAGCUCGCCCAACUGCUUUGAUUGUUUGAUCUCCACGACCAACACUCGCUGCCCAGUGCACAAAAGACAGUCAGCCACAGCGAACGACUGUUACUACCGUGUGGGGCGUGUUGCCAAAAAGGUUUGUGUUACAGAACACACCAUGACCACCGCCGGUUCUACACAAUUAACCACCAGCGCCGGUGAGGCGCCACCGGAACUUAACACCCUGCCCCAACCGGACGGUACGCUGGUGCGCGAGAAAUGGGGCCGCGGUAUCGAGUUCCUGCUGUCGUGUGUCGCGCUGUCGGUCGGUUUCGGCAACGUCUGGCGCUUCCCGUACACGGCCAUGCAGAACGGGGGUGGUGCGUUCCUGAUCCCGUACCUGGUGGUGCUGUUCCUUGUCGGACGUCCGCUCUACUAUCUCGAGAUGGUGAUGGGUCAGUUCUCGAGCCGCGGUUGCAUCAAGGUGUACGAUGUGGCUCCACUGAUGCGUGGAGUGGGCGUUGGUCAGACACUGGCAUUGCUACUCAUUUUGGGGUAUUAUGCUGCGGUGCUGUCGAUUGCGGUACGCUACUUCGUCGCUUCGUUCGGAACUCCUCUGCCCUGGGCUCGAUGUGAGCCGGAAUGGGGAGCCGGGUGUGUUGAUUCCGAGUUUAAGGGACGGGUACAGAAUGCGUCCUUCCAGACAUCGGCUGAAUUCUUCUUUAAUCGCACCGUACUCCACAACUACUGGACGGUGGACGAAGGCAUUGGUGUGCCAGAUUGGAAGUUGGCGCUGUGUUUGCUGUUUUGCUGGAUCUGUAUAACGCUCAUCCUGAUUAGAGGGAUUCGUAGUUCUGGGAAGGCGUCCUACUUCUUGGCAAUCUUCCCAUACCUGAUACUGCUGGUGCUGCUCAUCCGUACCUGUACGCUUGAGGGUGCUGACCAGGGCAUACUGUACCUGAUGAAACCGCAGUGGGAAAAGCUGCUGGAUGUACAGGUUUGGUAUGCGGCAGUAACGCAAUGUUUCUUCUCGUUAACCAUCUCACUCGGUUCGGUUAUCGUUUUCGCGUCAUACAACAGCUUUAACAACAAUAUUUACCGCGAUGCCAUGAUCAUAUCCUGGCUCGACACCUUCACCUCCAUCGUGUCGGGCAUCGUCGUGUUCGGCAUUGUCGGUAACAUCGCACACAUCACGGGCAACCGGGUGGAGACGAUGCAGCUGCAAGGUCCCCAGCUGACCUUCAUCACCUAUCCGGACGCAAUCGCCAAAUUCGAUGCGGCACAGAACGUAUUUGCCGUGCUGUUCUUUCUUAUGUUUUUCCUGCUCGGGCUGGGCAGCAAUACCGGCAUCGUGACGACGCUGGUAACCGCCGUCCGGGAUCGUUUCCCGCAGCUGGCCAACUGGAAGGUGGUGACGGCAAUUGCCAUCUAUGGAUUUGGCUGUGGAUUGGUUUACAUUACUCCGGUACGGUUGCGCUGCUUUCUUCGAUGGGGAAAGUCACCACGACGGUUAAAAAACAAACCUUGGACCAAUGUUUUGUUUCAGGGCGGUCUGCACGUGCUGGACGUGGUGGACAAGUACGGCGUUACGCUGACAACGCUUACACUUGUGAUGCUGGAGAUUGUUACCUUUUGCUGGCUGUACGGUGUGGAGCAAAUUGCACACGACAUCCGACUGAUGCUGGGCAGACGGACCGGUGUGUUUUGGAGGGUGUGCUGGAGCUUCGUAACGCUCGCCAUCAUCAUCAUCAUAUGGUUGUUCAGCUUCAUUCAAUAUCGCCCACUGCCGGUACCGUUGGGGAUGACCGUAUUCGGUUGGUGUCUUUAUGGAUUUGUUAUGGUGCAAGUGAUAGUUUGGGCUGUGGAUGCACUGAGCAAACAAGGGACGGAACAGCGAUUCGUCGACAAAAUAAAAAGUGCCUCUCGACCUGCGUCUGAUUGGGGCCCGGAGGAUUCAGCCGUACGGUUGCGAUACCAUGCUGACCGAUCGAAACGGCACGAGGAGUAUGCUGCCCAAAGUGUUGGCAUAGGGAAAAACGUCGUUCGUAAAAUUGUUAAUACUUUUUGUCAGAAAUAAAGCGAUACGUUAGGAAUAGUU